ACAUGCGCCAAAGAUAUUUAUGUUUACACCAGCGGCAGCAUGCGUAAGCCGAUAUUAUGGUUUAGCAUUACUAGAAACACAGGCAACACGAACCCACCCAAAACCCAACCCAACCCCCAACCGUUAUCUAUUUGAUAAGCCAGUGUGCGCUACUGCAUGUCCAGCAGCAGCACGCAGGCCACUGGGCCUCCCUUCCAAAGCUGCUAAAGGACGACAAGAACAGGGCGCUGUUCAGGUGAAACUAGAACUCGGCCAUCGUGCCCAAUUCAGAAAGAAACCCACGGUGGAAGGCUUCACCCACGACUGGAUGGUGUUUGUCCGCGGACCGGAGCACAGCAACAUUCAGCACUUUGUGGAGAAAGUUGUCUUUCACCUGCACGAAAGUUUCCCAAAACCAAAAAGAGUUUGCAAGGAUCCACCAUACAAAGUAGAGGAGUCAGGAUACGCCGGCUUCAUCUUGCCUAUUGAAGUUUACUUUAGGAAUAAGGAAGAACCAAAGAAAGUUCGCUUUGACUACGACCUCUUCCUCCACCUGGAGGGCCACCCGCCUGUCAAUCAUCUCCGCUGCGAGAAGCUGACGUUCAACAGCCCGGCUGAAGACUUUCGUCGCAAGCUACUGCGAGCUGGGGGGCAACGAGACCCGCACAAACGCACCUCAGAGGACUCAAAAGUGAUGGUCAUGCAGGAAGGCUCGACAUCCUUGUUUGGGCACCACAUGAAGCUCCCUAUGCUUCCCAAUACCUCCUUGAUGUCUCCUUUCCCCGAUUCCCGGAAGAGCAAAAGCUCCCUUGGGUCAAAGGACAUCUCAAAAGGAAGUGGCGGUACACUCUUGACCACAGCCACAACCACCACCAGCACGACCAACAGCAGCAGCAGCUUUUCCAAACUCCACAAGCCCUGCAAGGACCACAAAGACAAACCUGCGAAAGACUUGAAAGAAACCAAAAGUGCCUUGAGAGACUCUUCCCUGGAGUCCAGCAAAGCCCCUAAAGAGCCUUCCAAAAAACCCAAAGAGAACCAGCCACUUAGAGAUAUCAAUCCUAAAAUGGGAUUUAAGGAGCCGAAGUCCAUAUCCAAUCACGGCUCAGGGCCCAACAAGCGUCUGUCUGCUUCUGAUGCGGACAAUCGCGUCACCAAAAAGAGCAAAAAAGGAUUUGCGGAUUCGUCUGUGAAGCAGACGGAUGCUCAACAUGCCGAUAAAAAACUGCUGAAGGAGCGAUCACAAAUGCGGAGUAGUAAAUUGCAUCCAGAGGGCGAGCAAGUGGACCACGGGAAACUGUCAACACUUCCCCCCUUCCACGAAGUGGUGGACCACAAUGACUCUGACAGGGAGUCCGCCAAGUCAGAUUCCGAACAGCCCAGUCCAGUCAGCUCCAGUUCCAGUUCAGGCUUUGGUCCCACACACCACAGACGCCAAGUGCUGGGUCCACUGCAGUCGGUGAUGCAGGAUCUGCACUCGGACGACGACGACAACGAUUCUGAGGACGAUGACGACCUCGACUUGGAUUCAGACGCAGAGCGGCCAGCGCACACCCACCUCACACACCACCAACGCAGGGUCAGUUUGAGCGACGGCAGCGAGAGUGACAGCUCCGCCCCCUCACCGCCUUCACGUAAUGACGUCCCGGGCUUACUUAAGACUACUAAUAACCAGAUACUGGAGGUGAAGAGUCCCAAAAGGCACAGCAAGCAGGACAAAAGCAAAAACGUAGAUUGUGACAAGGCUUACCUUGAUGAGUUGGUGGAACUGCACAAAAGGCUGAUGACCCUAAGAGAAGGCCACAUCCUGCAACAGAUCGUCAACCUCAUCGAAGAGACCGGCCACUUCCACAUCACAAACACGACUUUUGACUUUGACCUGUGCUCAUUGGACAGAAGCACAGUAAGGAAACUCCAGAGUUACCUGGAAACUUCCGGACUGUCCUGAAGCCCUUUUUCGUAUGGCGGCAGCUUGAACGUGUGAUUUUUUUGUUCUGGUUUUUCUUUCGGAGAAUAACUAAACAUUGGAUGAUAUGCAAAGAGCCUCGCUGUGGUUGGUGGGCUGGAUCCAGUUGAGUUAUGGGAUGAGCCCCGGCGCCGAUCAGAUCACCUGCAAAGCCUUGAAACCUUCUAAAACACAUGGGGGACCUUUUUGCUCUUAAUGAAUGUGCAGAUGGUUGCCAUGUAUGCGUCUUCAGUUGUUGUCCAGUUUGACACGUGCAUGGUCAACAUUGCCUUACAACGUUGUACUAUAAUGUCUUAUUUAUUGAAUUUGUGUGUGUGUGUGUGUGUGUGUGUGUGUGUGUGUGUGUGUGUGUGUGUGUGUGUGUGUGUGUGUGUGUGUGUGUGUGUGUGUGUGUGUGUG